GUCAUACCCGUAGCUAUAGAUUACAUUCUUGUAUAUUUUCAGCUGAUGCAAUCCAGUUUUAAUUAUUACGAAUUCAAAAAAUGAUAAUUUUUAAAGAGAUCGAUGCCAUAUGUUACGCAUAAUUAUAGUAUUAAAAUUACAUAUUGGAAGUUACUUCGAAAUGGACAACGAAAUUGAUAAUAUAAGGAAAAAAUAAAUUUCUGAUAAUUUUUCAAUUAUUUAUUAUUAUAUUAUUAAUAUAAUAAUAUAUCUCAAAAAAAUUCUUAUGAUUCAAGCUUGAUCGAAGGAAUGAUAUGGCCUGUUUCUCAUCUUAUCCACGUGGAUUGUGGACCCCUCCUCUUCCACGGAACUAUCACUAUCUGAAGAUCAUCUUUCCGAGUAAAAGCCGCGUGCUAACCAAGUGCGGGCACAGACAGCAUCAUGAGCUUGGUGAGUACGAAACCACUCAUUCACUGUAUACCUUUCUUUCAAUAAGUUUUCUCUCUUUAUUUCAUUAUCGUUUUUGUUUAUCUCUGUUCAUUCAUUCUCGUGUAUAUUUUUUUCUUUUUGAAUUACAACGGAUUUUUAAACGAACUCCUAGUGACAGUGAAUUAAUCGUACAUCUUAACGAUAAGUGACAAGUGUCGAUCGUUUCUCGAAAAACCAAGUGAAAAGAGACUUCCACGAUAUUUUAUUUGAGUUGUGUGCAGAAAAGAAAAUCCCCAUUUCUCGUUAUUUAACGAAUCUUCGUUAUUUCGUUGAUUCUGUCUUAAAUCGACAAGGAUUUGUCGCAUAGAAUUGUUCGAGAAUUAUUCAGGACGAUGAGAAUAAAACUAGUGUUUCUCUUGGCGACAGUAUCGAUCACCUUGACGAGAUCUCAAAAUCCAGAGAUCUCCUCGACAAAUUUAGAUGUGACCCAGCCACCGAUAAAACUGGACAAAAAUCUUCGUCGAGCUCUGUUGAAAGCCUUGACCGAUCUAGAAGCCGAAUCAGCCGAGCAACACAAAGACGAAUCGGAAACCAUCUCUCAAAGGGACACGAGCGUGUUCGAGGGUAUAGCAAAGAAGAAUUUGAACGAUAAUCUAGGCGUACAAAAGACUACAUUCUCUUUCAAGAGCUUCCCAGGUGACGAUGAUAUACCAAGUGAAGAUAAAUUGCAGAAUUCCAGUUUCGUCGAAGGUAUUCGUUAUGUAACACUUAACACACCUUCGAUGAAUAUCGAGAAAGCGACACAAGAAGACGCCAGAAGCUUUCACGUUCAAAACGUGAUAUUGCCAGAGAAAAAGUCAAAUUUCAGAACUGAAUCGAAGGAACAGCGUGAGAAGACGACACCUGUCACGAUGAAUAUCUUCCCCGUAAACAAGAUGGAAAGUUUAAUACAGAAACCAGCGGAUGUUUCCGAAAGCCUAACCAGAAGUGCUUCAAACAGCAUUGCAAACGCGUUGGUCGGUCCUAAACCAACCGUAGUUACUCCUACCGUAGUUUCAACGAAGAAUAACGUGACAAUAACCGAAUUAGAUGAUUCUAAGGACAAAACGGAGGAGGUUAAAAUCUUCCAGGCGCCUCUGGUUGCAGCGUUCACUGUGCAACAAGACGAACAAGGUGUACCCAAGAGCGUUGUUCCGAUCUUUAGAUCGCCUAACGAUGGACAAGCUCUGACUCUUCAAGAGCAACUAGAAUUCAAACAACAACUUUUGGAGAAACAAUUGGCAGAGCUUCAACAGCAACAGUACCAACAGACGCAGUUCUUAGUGAGACAGCAGCAACUAUAUGAACAACAAUUAAGACAAAAACAACAGCAACAGUAUUACCUUCAAGAACAAGUCAGGAUCAAACAGUUAGAGGAACAGACCAAACUUAAACAGCUGGAAGAACAAAGACUCAAGCAAUUGGAGGAGCAGAGAUUGAAUCGAUUCCAACUUCCUCCUGUACCACAGAAGCAGUUCUUCUUCGAUCAGAGCAACAACUUCUUGACGUUCCAACCUCCUGUCGAGUCCAACGUUCACUUACAACCUAGCCUAACUUUAGAAGUGCCAAAUGUAGCUGCGCCUCCAACUUUCCAACCGAUCUUCCAACAAGAUUCAUUGCGUCUGCAACCGUUCCGGCAACAGCAGCAAUCACAAUACCUCCAUCAGCAGCAACAGAUUCAACCCCAACAGUUGCAUCAAUCGCAACAGCAACACCAGAGACUCCAGCAGAGUUUUGGCUCGUUCUCAACAGAUUUCCAGCCUUCAGUGUCUACGACGAGAUUCAAUCGUCAGGAGGCUUUCAAUUUGGUGGGAAAUUUUGGUUUCAACGGAGACAACAAGAUCGCGGUCAACAGAGGCAACUUUGGCUUCGUUCCACCGCACAGAACUCCAGCGAAUUUCUACAAUCCUUACGCUCAGUUCAAGCAAUCGAAGCCUCCCACGCCGGCCAGGCAGAUUCAACAUCUGCUGUACCAAUCUGGAAUUGCUGGCGAUCCGAACAACGUGCAAGGAAUUGGGAAUCCGGAAGAUUUGAAUAUCGUUUCGAAGGUUUUAGCUCUGAACGUGGGCGCCGUGCCGAAUAAGAAUGUCCAGUUCGCGACGAAUCCGGGUUCCAGGUCGUUGGGAAAAAAUUCCGCGUGAAGAAAGAAGAUGGAAGAUGGAGUUAGAGACGAGUCAUGUAAAUCGGUGCGGAGGACGAUAUUAGUAAGGUGAAAUCGAGCUCUCACUUUUUUCCCUUCUUGGUCCCCCUUUAACCGCCUUCCCGAGUUUCGAAAUCUUGCGUGUCGCGGACAAUAAUAUUCCUCUGGGGAGUCAUGGAGAUCAUGAUAAUUAGAGCAAUGAUGUGUUCAUCCUCGAGAAUUAGAUUCAUAGAUAGAUUGUGGAUGUUUAUGUAUACUUUUUAUUUUCUAUUUGUAAUGAUGAUGGGAUGAAUUUGAAUGGAAUUUCAUUUUAUUUAUAAAAGACGUUUUGAUGUAAUUAUCGAUCAAAAUUUUAUAAUUUUGAAUUCUGUUCUAUAGAAUUUAAGAAUUUAAAGAGGAGAUUAUUAAAUUAAAAUUCUAAUAUGGUGAAAUUUCAAUAUUCAUUAAUUGAAAUAUUUGUGAUUAUAAGAAUAAUAAGAAUAAUAAAAAUAAAUUAAUUAUAUAUCUUUUUAA